GCUGCCCAGAAACUAUGAUGAAACCGAUUUCGAGCAGCAGGUCAUUGAGCCUAGUUAUUUUAAAACCAAUACUCUACUACCUCGACAGGACCAUGGAAGUAACGCGGAACGGGCAGUUUAAGGAAAUAAUCGUCGCCUUGAGAGAUACAGAGUAAAAUUAGGGAGCGGCGAUAUGCUGCUUUAAUGUUUAUUGUUGUUGGUCUGCUCGUGCGUCUCCAAUGUCUCUGCCCGUAGUUCUGCCUGGAUCUUGUUGUCGUUUAUCGGGGGCCGCAUUGGCCCAUCAGUUCGCAGACGCCUCUUACAGAAACCGCAGCCGUCGUGUGUCCGCUCUUCCGUCCCGUAUGUCUGGAUCUCAGACGCGGCUCAUCCCGGCGCUGUUGCCCGCUCGCCCGCUGCUCUCCCUCGGCUUGCUGCAGCUGGUUCUCGGCUGCUCCAUGGUGGCGCUCUCUUUCGAAGCUCUGUCCCUUAGCAACUCGCCCCCUAUUAGAAACUCCUGUCCGUUUUGGGCCGGAUCUUCCGUCAUCCUAUCUGGGCUUAUAGGACUAACCACAUGGAAACGGCCAAUGCUUCUGCUGGUAAAUCUGUUUGUGUUGCUGUCAGUGGUCUGUAUCCUGCUAAACCUGGCAGGCUUCAUCCUCUGCUGUCAGGGGGCUCAGCUGGUCUCCAGUACCAUUAACUGCCAGCUGAACAAGCUGGGGGAUCUCUGUCACUGUUGUUCAGAGAUUCCAAGCACUCAGUGCAAAGAGGACAAGCUGAUUGAGAUCUAUGCAGGUCAUGCAUGUGGCACAAUGAGAAUUCUGCUAAAGAAAGUGCUCUUUGCAUUGUGUGCGCUCAGUGCUUUGGCCACAGCUGUGUGUCUGGUUGCUGCUGCACUCAGAUAUCUCCAGAUCUUCUCAACCAGACGACCCUGCAUGGAAGAGGCCAGGCCUGUUCCAGAGGAAGUGGAGGGGCAGACUCAUCUUCCUGACCCUGACGAAUUUGUCGCUCCUUCACCUCCUCCGUCUUACUUCUCCACCUUCUACUCUUACACCCCACGCUUGGCUCGCAGGAUGUUUGGUGAUGGUAUGAUUCCUCUUCCUCAUAUAUAUGGUGCCAGAAUGAAAGGAGUGGAUGUCUUCUGUCCUCUAGACCCUCCUCCACCUUAUGAAGCUGUUGCUUCACAGCCAGCAGCACAGGCCCAGAGUACUGAGGUGCAAAUGAGCGAUCUGACUGAGGUCCUGACAGAGAGCGCAGAGGCUGAGACGCCCAGCGAUGACAGGUGCCGUCAGACGGCCAUAUUGAGCCCCACACCCCCGACACAGUCCAGACAGCCUCACAGCGCAGUCUCCUCCAGCAGGAAACCUCACAGACCUGGCCUCCGCAGGUCCAACAGUGACCCCGUCCUGCUAGACCUGACCACCAAAAUGUUUGUAAUGAGUUGUGAAGCAGCUACACAGACAGAAUUAGGCCCUGGAUUGGCUCCUGCUCCAGGCUCAGUGAUUGUAACAGAGCAUGGUACGGUUACACUACGACAGGGCCGUGGCAAACGGAAGCCUCGUCCCAACUCCAUGGUGGAUUACCAGAGCUAUAGAGACACAAAACUGCUGGUGGCCCAUUUUCUGGAGCAGUCCUCCAGCAGCUUGACCCCUGAGGUACAGGAGAUUGUUAACAGCAUCAAAACAGUGCUGCGCUCCGAUGAGGAACACAUGGAGGAGGCUGUUCUCUGCGCCAGCUUCAUCGACCAGGCCACGGUUUCAGAGGUUGCACCAGCGGAGAUGGAGCCCACCUCCCACACGCUGCCGCUGCGCAAACGGCCGGGCACCCUUCACCUGCGCAGCUGUGGUGAUCUCAGCUCCUUCACCUCUGCCCAACCGCAGCCGGAGCGCAGGACAGGCACACAUUCCCGAACAGGAUCCAAUGGACGUCCACACAGCCUUAUAGGAGUCUUCCGAGAAACUGUCCUCUGAGUGACGUCUCAAACAGACUGUGUCCCAGUCGACUGAAGGUACAGUGAACAUCACAACAUGAAGGAAGCUGAAGAUGAGUUCACUUCUGAAACAUCAGUUUUUUUUGUUGUCAGAGUUUAUAGCAAAUAUUAUUCAUUUUUUAGCCUUUUCAGUUGGAAUUCCAGUUGUUUGGAUUUACUCCUGAUUGUUUUUCCACAUUAUGCAUUAUGAUAAAACACUGGAAAAAAAAUGUUUAUUUACCAGAUGUUCCUUAUUUAAAAAUUAUUUUAAACACUCACAAAUUGACUAUAUGAAAAAUACAAUAUAAAUAAUCAUUAUAAUGAGAAAAACAUGCAAAUGUAUGGCUUUAUUUAGUUUAUAUGAUUUGGGGAAUUACUCAUAUUGUGAGGUAGAUGAUACAUUUGUCAUUUUUGUUUGACUAUUCUCAACUAUUUUAUGAUUUCUCUCAAGAUGUCCUUCUGAGAUGUUGUGCUUUAUUUCUGAAUUGGCUCAUGUACUGCAUUAUAUGGGCGAAACCUACCAUCCAUAUUUCCCCAAGAUUAAAUAUGAUCUUUAAAGCA